GUCUGUUUUAAGAUGAGUGAGAGGUUUGGGUCAUCGUCAGAAUGCAGAGUAGAGAUUUAGAGUUAAUAUUUACACAAGGCAAUCCAGGAAGAAGUAGUGACAACUGUGGCUUUUCUGGUGGUUUGAUGAAGGAUAGAUAUUGAAGGCAGCUUAUGGGAAGACUAUCAACAGAAUUGAACUUCAGUGGUGAGAUCUGCAUUAGGUGGUUAAAUAUAACUUGAAUUAACCACUGGAUUUUUUAAAGAAUGCUUUAGGCACACAGAGACUGUACAGAGCAAAAUGAGUUGUUUUGCUUUAGAUAGUGGAAUCGGUAGACUGAAGAGCAGGUAGCUAGGCAUAACCAAGCACAGUCAGUCAGUGCUCUCUCCACCCAUCUCUGCUUGAAGAAGCAUCACAUGCAGACAGCCAUGAAAUUCAACCAGUGUGUGCAACCGCAAGCUCCGGAGAACAGCGACAACAAAGUGUGGAAAUGGCACAUUCAGGACCCAGCCAGCCAGAGACUGACGUGGAACAAGCCUCCCAAAAGUGUCCUUGUCAUUAAGAAGAUCCAGGAUGCCAGUCUACUGCAGCCUUUCAAAGAGCUCUGUGUGUUUCUCACAGAGAAAAACAUGAUUGUUUACGUGGAGAGGAAGGUUCUGGCGGACCUAGCCAUCCAGGCCGAUGAGAGCUUUGCGGCCGUCAUCCAGAAGUUCUGCACCUUCAGAGAAGAUCUCGAUGACAUUUCCAAUCGAGUAGACUUCAUCAUCUGUCUUGGUGGAGAUGGGACCUUACUUUACGCAUCGUCACUCUUCCAGCUUGCUUGUGUAUGUGCUGAUGUGUUUUUUCAGAAGAGUGUUCCACCUGUUAUGGCCUUCCACCUGGGUUCUCUGGGCUUCCUCACGCCUUUCAACUUUGACACAUACCAGUCUCAGAUCACCCAAAUCAUUGAGGGUAACGCCACCAUCAUCCUGCGCAGUCGCCUGCGAGUGGUGAAGGAGAGCCGAGAGAAGAAGGCCCGGGUGGACGAAAAGGGCAUCAUCAUGACAAACGGAGACAGCGAGGGCAGCCGCAAAGCCAUGCAGUACCAGGUGCUGAAUGAGGUGGUGGUGGACAGAGGCCCGUCCUCCUACCUUUCCAACGUGGACCUCUUCUUAGACGGACACCUCAUCACCACGGUACAGGGAGACGGUGUGAUCGUCUCGACUCCCACCGGCAGCACUGCGUACGCGGUAGCAGCCGGAGCCUCCAUGAUCCACCCCAACGUGUCGGCCAUCAUGAUCACCCCCAUAUGCCCCCACUCACUGUCCUUCAGACCCAUAGUGGUGCCUGCUGGGGUGGAACUCAAGAUCAUGCUGUCACGUGACUCCAGGAAUACGGCCUGGGUGUCAUUCGAUGGGAGGAAGAGACAAGAGAUCUGCCAUGGAGACAACAUUACCAUCACUACUUCCUGCUUCCCCGUUCCCUCCAUCUGUUUCCGGGAUCCCGUGAACGACUGGUUCGAGAGCCUGGCACAAUGUUUACACUGGAAUGUGAGAAAAAAGCAGAACUACCUUAGCUCCAAGGAGGACGUGUUCUGACGCCAACAACCUCACCGUGACACCAUUCUCAUAGUACACCAUUUUGGGUGCGUUCCAGAUGCACAGAUUCUGCGCAGUUCUUCAAAAAUCAAAUCUGAUCUUUACAAUACCUGGACAAGUGUUUAACAUACCACGGCAAAAUGAUAUAGCGAUCCUAUAUCUGGAACGCACCCUUUGACUUCAGUUGGAUUCCAUCAGGCCAAUUUGCAACCAACAUCCUCCAGAGAUGAAUUUGUUUUGGUUCUAGAUCAUCCCUUACUGUUAAGAAUUUCACACCCUUUUAAAAAGAUUGUUGAAAUGGUCUUUUUAUGCCAACAACCAGAUUGUCUCAUGUCUGACUGAAAACAAUCCAGGUUAAAGUUAACCUGUGAGACAAAGUAAUACUGAGCUACGGAUCAACCCCAAGCUCCUCAACAUAUAACACAGAUAUAAUGACUGUUGUCAGUGGGGACGUUUAUCAAGAACCAAUGUUCUUGGGGAUAUUUGAAAUUGUAUUUUAUAGUAAUGAUUGACGUUUUGAUACAAUCCCUAAAAUAAAAUGUAUUAUUACUACUUCAGGAAUAGCAGAAUAAUUGCUUCUACUCUGCAAUAAUGAACUAAAUGUAUAGAUUGUGCCUUAAACUGGUAAAUAUUAUAUUAUCAUAAUCAAUUAAGGUUUACAUAACUUUCAUUUUCUUAAAUCGGAUUUACAUCUUAGUGCAGGUGUAACAUAACCAUAUCUUCAGUAUUCCUCAUAUUCAAGCUUCUCAAAUGGCUUGUACAAAUGUUAAUCUUACAUUAAUGUUGCGUAUCUUAACUACUCUGUCUACAACAACAACGCUGUGGUGUCUGACCGUGUGUAAUGUCAAGAGUAUGGCACAAACAUUAAGAACUGAAGUCCAUUCCAGGUGAGAUGAGACCACAACCUGAUGUCUUCAUAGCCUUUCACUAUAAAGCCAUAGCUCUACUAUGUCAUUCGUUUCAGAGUCAAGUGGGAUGCUUAAGGUGAUUCCAUUGUUUACAAUCAAAGUGAUUGUGAGUCUACAGGGUUUUUACCAACCCAGGUUUUUGAGUUUUUAUUUUAUUUUAUUAUUUUUUUUUUGCUUUAGACAUGGGAGGCCAGGUAGGUGGAAUUUAGCCCAUCAAUGAUAUUGAAUAAUUAGCUCAGUUGGUGAGGUAAUGAGUAGAUUCUUGUGUAGUGUCUGGAUGGACCUAAACCCUGCCGUGCCACUCCAGGACCAGGGUUGUCAACCCCUGACCUAUGGUGUCUGACUUAUUGCAGUAUGCUGAGAGAUUGAAGGCAUUCAGAUUCUACGAGGUAGUUGCCUGCCUUACCAAAUGAGACUGCAACACUCACCCCGCCUAUUGACAAGCUCUGAAAUACCGACUUGAUAAAAUAUGGUUUGAGGGUUUUUCUUCUAUCUUACAGACAAAUUAUAGUGUAUGAGUUUACUACGUACAUUGUGUGUUGGAUGGGCAAGUGAAAUUUCCCCCGAUGGAAAAACUGGUCUAAGCACUGUGGAUACCAGCGCACCACACUCUGCAAGAGGACCAGGUAACUCUAGUCAAUUAAUCAUUCCUUAUUUUCUAAUUUAUGAUGCUUGAUAUAUUUAUUAACCAGUUUACACUAUCAUUGCUGAAAUAUAAAUCUCUGGUACAUUUUUGUAUAUUGAUAUGUAUAUGAUUAGUACAGUAAGUCAGUUUCACUAUAUUAUCUAUUUUCUCAAAGUAGAAAAACAAAUGUCCUCUUUCAAUGGAAUUAGGAGUGGAGUCUUUUCAAGUUAAUGGCAGUCCCUUCAGUUGUUAGGGAGAUAUAGUUUGGAAACAUCUGGAAGAAAUCCAUUUGUCUUUGUAUGCUACUAUACUUUAUUUUUCAGAGAGUACAGUGUAUUCUCUCCUGAAGUAAAGGCAGUUGUGAACUUUGCCUUACAAACCAGUUACACUGAAAUCAUGCAAAUCAUAUAAACUUCCCCCAAUGUGAUAUCUUUGUGGGACCUUUUGGAUGAAGGACCUUAUUCCUAUUGUUCUUUCUAUGUCAGUUAUUCUCUAAGUGCUUCUCACUUUUAACUUUGUUUUGUAGAAUUCUAUAACUCUGAGAGCCUAUCACUUUGUAAAUAUUGUUUCUGAAAUAUUCUAUUUUUCCAGAGCACUUUAAUAAACAAAGAGAGACAA